AGGCUCUACGGAGACCAGCCUCACUUGCAUGGGAGCAGGACGGCCAACUGGGAUAAGCAUGAGGAACAAAUUGCAGCUCCAGGCAAUUCCCUUCUUCCUUUUGCUUCAGCACACUACGUGCUGUGAAGAUCUGGUUUGUUCUGUGGACUAUGUGCAGACCCUGACGUGUGUCCAGAAAACUGAGCCCAGUGGGACUUUGUACAACCUCACGGCCACGUGGGUAGAUGAAGAAGAGAUGGACAUUUCGGAGCGCUCCUGCAGUCUGCUCCAGGUGUCCAGAAAUGCUACUCACACUCAGUACGCAUGCUGCAUGGACCUGAAGUAUUUCCAUUCUGACGACAUGUUCAGGGUAGAUGUGACAAAGCUGGCCGAUGGGCAGUACACAACUUCCAAAGCAUGCAGUGAAUUUCAUCUGAGCCAGAACAUUAAGCCGUACCCGCCGUUCAACCUGACGGCCGUGCUUUCGGAGGGAUACAACAUCUCCUGGGACACCAUCUAUCGGAACUCUCCGGUCUUUUACAACUUGGAUAACGAGCUGCAGUACGAGCUGCGGUAUAAGAAGAAGAGCGAUACCUGGGAGACUCAGAAGAGCAAAGUGAUCCCGGAGGACACGCGAAGCGUGGUGCUCCUGCCGCUGGAAUUCCAGAGGGACACAGUCUAUGAGUUCCAAGUGCGGGCUAAGCCCAGGCCUGGCUCCGAGUACCUGGGCUUCUGGAGCGAGUGGAGUCACCCGCUGACCCUGAAAACUGAACCGGAGGCCAGAAGUGGCACUGCCGGGCGAGAACUGACUAACCCGGCUGCUUCGCCCUCAGAGAGUCCCGAAAUGCGAUGGCUGGUGCUGCUGCUCGCCCUGGCGCUGCUCGCCGUCCCGGUCACCGUGUUCCUGACCAUGCACCAGAGCGUUUGGAAGAAGCUGGGGGUUUUCAUCCCCAACCCUGCUCACUUUUUCAGACCGCUGUACGUGGUGCACAACGGAGACUUCAAGAAAUGGGUUGGUGCAUCCUGUACCAAAGCAACCCUGGAUUUCUUUGAAUGGGGAAUUGUCCUUCCUGAAGUUCUAGAAGUUUACAGCCAGCACCUUUCCCACCACACUGCAUCUGCGGAGCUGAAAGAACUCAAUGAAGAUCACCUCUCCAGGCCCUGUGUGUCUUGCCUGGCCAUGCACAGUCAGGACAGCCAGUCCCAUCUGUCCAGUUGGAAUAGGAGCAGUGGGACACAGGACCAGUCAUAUGGCCAUCUCUCUAUUGACACCGUGACUGUGGCUGACGAAUUUACCCCCUGUCACCCACAAUGCAGCUGUAACAGUGCUCACAGGGAUCAUGAGCAUCUGGACCAAGCCAACGACAAUAGGGAGGACGGCUACCCCAAAGUUAAUCUUGACAGUGACAACAGUGAGAUUUCCAGCGGGCUGCCUCUGGCUGCCCAGCAUGCACAAGAUGCCACUGUUGCCUUGGGCUCCAGGUCUGUGCAGCACCCGCGGAGCAGUGCGAGUCGCUCGGUGCACCGCCUGAGGGCAGGGGCACCAGGAGGAGGGAUGGGGAGUAUUUUAGAGGCCCUUUGCCUGCAACCUGAGCAAUGGGAUUUAGGAAGUCCAGUUUCUUUGUCUUCUCCAGAUGGCGAAAGUGCUUCCUACAGCGAUGGCUCUUAUGACUUUUUCUCUCCUAACUCACAAACUGGUGAUGGGUACCCAGCAAUUUGCCUGGAUUUAGACACCAUUGACAGUGGAUUUGUGGACUCAGACUGUGGGAGUCCAACUGAGUGUGAAUUUGAGAAGAACAGUCAGACCGAUUCAGGCUGUAGUUCUGGAUCUGUGGCACUCGGAAAUGAAGGCGAGGACUUCCCACGGAGUUAUGUCAAGCAGUGGGUCUCCUGUGGCUCUGCCACACCACCCUCAGGGGCGCAGACAAGUGCCUGCUCCUCACCAGUGCCAGGCCUGGGCCCUCAUUCAGGAGCCCAGAAAAACUAAGCAGCACAACAGGAACACAACAAAACAUGCUGAGUGCAAGCACCCUGUAUCUCCUGCAACUCACAUCCACCGCUGCACAGAAUUUUGCCUUUUUCUACUGCUAGACACCCUGGCUUUGUAUCACAGCCAAUUUGACAUGGUCAACUUUUUGCCAGCUUCCCUGGUCACACUGGUGCACCCUGAGCUUUGGCAUGUUGUUUCUUCCACGCAGGAAAAGCAGCUGCACCCUGAGAAGUGACCGUUAGCAUGGGGCAUGGCCCCAGACAUUUUGAAGUCAUGUUUAUAAAGAGAAUGCGAAACUUUCAAGUGACCCUUUCCUGCUUGUCUCACUUGUCCUGAGAGUUUGGUGGCAUGGAGAGCUUUUGUACGCAUCACCACCACAACUUUAGCGUGCAAGAAACUGACCAGAACUUCAGUUUCAGGCUAAAUUCCAGUCAGACUUGACUGUAGAUUCUGCAGACCAGAAUCGUACUCCAUCCUUCUUUAAACCUACAACUUAAUGUAACAGUUUCUCAGCAGAGUAACAUCUUCCAACUCCAGACAAAUUCUCGUCACUCUUUAAGCAACAUCUUUAAAAAUACCUUCUAAGCAUGAUACUUACAGCUCUGUAGUAGCUUGUAGAUUUAUGCAAGAAAAGCAGGGACUAUGUGUCUGUCCACCUGUCUAUGGUGACGCCCCGACCUUGCGCCUCGGGCACUACUGCAGUAUAACUGUUCAACUGUGCUAAACCUGGAUUGUUCCUGCUUCAGACAGACACAUGCACUGGGAUCAGGAAAGCAUUUGCUCGGCUGUUGCGUGACUGUGUUAGGUGUUGUUUAGGGUACUGGCAUUGCACAGUUAAUAUGAUAUUGUUAAUGAGUGUAAGGGCCCAGGCCUGGAAUCCACGGCAUUUCCAGUGUGAUUCAAUGAUUCUGUUCUGUCUGUGAUUCCAAUAAACUCCCCCCA